AUGAUCUCAAUCCAGCCGCAGUCUCAAUCCCUCGUCAAUGCUCAGGUACUCUUCCAUCCGUUCACCUCCUCCCGCGCCUUCAUUUCUCCUCUCCCGCCUCCGCCGCCGACGCUCAAUCCACUGGAAGACCCGCCACGAAUCCAAGCUCUUCCACCCCGAACUCCUCGAUCGAAUCUCCCGUCUCCUCGUGCUCGAGCAUCGCGCUGCCGCGGCCUCAAAUUCGACUUCUCCGGCGACCUCCUCGACUCAGUUCUUCUGAAACUCAGGCUCAAUGCCGGCGCUUGCUUGAUCUUCUUCAAAUUGGCCGCGUCGCAACCUAAUUUCGGACCCGGCGUCAAGUCUUAUUGCAAGAUGGUUCACAUUCUGUCGAGACCAGAUGAUGAGGCUGGAGAUUGUGCCGGAUGUCUUCAGUUGCUUGAUCAUAUGGUCAACGCGUAUUGCAAGCAGGGGAGGGUGGAUAGAGCAGUGGAGUUUGUUAAAGAGACGGAGCAUUCAGGUUUUGAGUUGAAUGUAGUGUCGUACAACAGCUUGACUGAUGGAAGAUGUAAAUUAAAGGAAGCGGAAGAGGUGCUGGGACAGAUGAAACAAGAGGGAGUGUCUGUGGAUGAAUAUGCUUAUGGUGUGUUGAUUGAUGGAUAUUGUCAAGGUGGUAAACUAGCAGAUGCUGCUCGGAUUCGAGACAAAAUGUUGGAGAUAGGGUUGAAGAUGAAUUUAUUUGUUUGCAACUCAUUCAUUAAUGGGUACUGUAAGAAUGGUAAAAUGGAUGAAGCUGAGCAGAUCUUUGCCAAAAUGGUGGAAUUCGGUUGUAAGUCUGAUGGCAUAACAUUCAGAAUCGUGGGUGAUGGGUACUGCAAAGCUGGAAAUGUUGAAGAAGCACUUGAAGUCAAAGAGAAGAGGGAAAAGGAUGCAAUUUCUCCUUCAGUUGAAAUGUAUAACUCUCUCAUUACAGCACUUUUCAAAUGCGGGAAAGUGACUGGUAAUGUGGAUGAAGCCUUCAGAUUGCGUGAUGAAAUGGUGAACUAUGGCAUAGUAGCAAACGUAACCACGUACAAUGGCUUGAUGAAUGGCCUACGUAAAUCAGGAAACAUGAGUCGAGCACAAAGGCUUUUUGAUAAACUUCAUGCUAAAGCUCUAGCCAGUGUUUCUCUGUCAAGAAUUGGAUUCCACAAAGGGCUUACCAACUUAAAAUCAGAUAAUUGGAAAGCAGCAACUGCAGCACUUGAAAAUCAGUUCAGCACUCUCUAUUUCGAAGAUUCGAACAAUACGGUGAAGUCAUUCACUUGUACUUGCUCGGCGUGA